AUGAGCAGUACUAUCUUCUACCGGUUUAGAUCACAGAAGGACAGUGAUAGGAUAUUGUUCGAUGGUACUGGGCUGACAGUGUUUGAUUUAAAGAGAGAAAUUAUCCAAGAGAACCGGUUAGGCGAUGGGACAGACUUCCAGAUUAGAAUAUACAACCCUGAUACGAACGAAGAAUAUGAGGAUGAUUCGCAAGUGAUACCCAGGUCUAGCAGUGUGAUAGUGAAUCGAUCGCCAGCAAUAAAGCAGUUUUCCGCUCAUGGACUUCAUAAGAACAGCGGUGCGAUGGGCAAUGCCACUCGUUACGUUACAGGUAAACCCAGAGUAUAUCAAAGGAAGCAACAAUCCAAUGGCACAGCAUCUAAUUCCUCCGCUCCUGUAAGUGGGGUCACUGAAGAGGAACGUAUUGCAAACAUGUUUGCAAAUCAGGAGAACCAGUGGGAACAAACACAACAGGAAAUGUCUUCAGCAACUCCAGUGUUUCAUAGAGCACAAAAUAAUUCACAACUCACAGAUGAGGGUCCGCCUCCACCGGGUUAUAUGUGUUAUAGGUGUGGUGCCAGAGACCACUGGAUUAAGAAUUGUCCGACCAAUAAUGAUCCAAAUUUCGAAGGAAAGAGAAUAAGAAGAACUACUGGUAUACCGAAGAAGUUUUUGAAAAGUGUAGAGAUUGAUGCCGAUAAUAUUACAGCUGAAGAGAUGGCACAGAGAAAGAUUAUGGUUACCGAUGAUGGUAAAUUUGUUGUCCAGGUGGCAGACCAACAGUCAUGGGAGGAUUACCAACGGAAGCAACAGAAUAGACUUGCCAACGGUGCAGAUGCCAAAUGGCAAAAAGGUUUCUUCAAAAAUCUGCCUGCAGAUUUGACUUGCCCUAUAACCGGUGGCCUAUUAAAGGACCCAGUGAAGACAAGUAAAUGUUGCAAUAAGGAUUUUUCCAAAGUAGCAUUGGAAGAUGCUUUAUUGGAAAGUGAUUUUGUAUGUCCCGAGUGUCAAAGCCCAGAUAUUCUACUAGAUUCUCUUGUGGAGGAUGAGGAAAAGAGUAAGCAAGUGAAAGAGUUUUUAAAGAAUAAUCAAACUGAUGGUGAUUCUAAGAGAUUAAUGGAAAACGAGAACGAUGUGGAUGGCGUGAAAAAGAUAAAGAUAGAUUCGACUUCACCGGUCAAACCGGGGAAUGUGCCACUACCGAUGCCACCAUUUGGAAUGCCUUUCCCUAUGUUCCCACCACCUAUGCCUUUUAUGAAUGUUCCUCAAAGCCAGGACAAGAAAUGA